ACUUCCAGUAGUAGCAGUAUGUCCUCGCAAACAUAUAGAUCCUCCCGUUGUUCAGUUGAACAACAAUUAUCAUUUGAAGAUGUUGUCAUGACCGGUUUGGCCAAUGACGGUGGUUUAUUCUUACCAAGUGCUAUCCCAAAGUUGCCAUCAGAUUUCCUUGAAUCAUGGAAAGAUCUUUCCUUCAACGAAUUAGCAUUUGAAAUUUUGAGAUUAUACAUUGAUCCAAAGGAAAUUCCUGAUUUGGAUUUGAUUAACUUGAUUGCUAAGUCUUACUCCAAGUUCAGAUCCAGUGAAAUCACCCCAAUUAGAAAGAUUGACGACAAUUUGUACUUGUUGGAAUUGUUCCAUGGCCCUACAUAUGCAUUCAAGGAUGUCGCCUUACAAUUCGUGGGUAACUUGUUUGAAUACUUUUUAACCAGACGUAAUGCCAACAAGGCCGAUUCCGAUAGAGAAAUCAUCACCGUUGUUGGUGCCACCUCGGGUGAUACUGGUUCCGCAGCAAUUUACGGUUUAAGAGGCAAGAAGGACGUCUCUGUGUUUAUCUUGUACCCAACUGGUAGAAUCAGUCCUAUUCAAGAACAGCAAAUGACUACCGUUGAGGAUGCCAAUGUCCACACUUUAAGUGUCAAUGGUACUUUUGAUGACUGUCAAGAUAUUGUCAAGGCCAUCUUUAGCGAUAAGGAAUUCAAUGACAAGUACCACGUUGGUGCUGUCAAUUCUAUUAACUGGGCCAGAAUCUUGGCUCAACAAACUUACUACUUUUACUCAUACUUUCAAUUACAAAAGGAAUUGACUGCCAAGGACUCCAAGGAUUCUAAAGUAAGAUUUGUCGUUCCUUCAGGUAAUUUCGGAGAUAUCUUGGCUGGUUACUAUGCUUACAAGAUGGGAUUACCAGUUGACAAGUUAAUUAUUGCCACUAAUGAAAAUGAUAUCUUGGAUAGAUUCAUGAAGAGCGGUGAAUACUCCAAGCAACAAGAAACCGGUGUUAAGGCUACCCACUCUCCAGCCAUGGAUAUCUUGAUUUCUUCAAAUUUCGAAAGAUUAUUAUGGUACUUGAUCAGAGACAAUGUCACCCAUGAUGACUCCAAGGCCGGUGAAACGUUGAAUGACUGGAUGAAGCAAUUGAAGGAAAAUGGCAAGUUUACUGCACCAAAGGAAGUCUUGACUGCUGCCAAGUUAAUCUUUGACUCUGAACGUGUUGACGAUGAACAAACCAUCAAGACCAUAAAAGAAGUUUACACUUCCCAUCCUGAAAACUACAUUGUUGACCCUCAUACUUCCGUUGGUGUUGCCACCUCAUAUAGAUUUAUUGCCAAGGAUGAACCAAGUGAAAACAUUCAAUAUAUCUCCUUGUCUACCGCCCAUCCUGCCAAAUUCUCUGAGGUUGUCAACAAGGCAUUGGAUUCCUUUGACAAUUACUCAUUUGAAAAGGAUGUUUUGCCUGAUGAACUAAAGGCAUUAAGCGAAAAGCCAAAGAGAAUUAAGUUGAUUGACGAAGCAAGUGUUGAAAAGGUUAAACAAGCAAUCAGAGAUGAAUUGAAGUUUUAAUUAGUGUAUAUACUCCAAAAAAAAAGGACUAAUUUCGUAUAUCACUACUUUGUGUAAUACUAAUCUAUAAAUAUCUAUUAAGCAUCUUGCUUCUUCUUUACUUGAACCUUACCUUCUACAACUUCAACUUGAUACCCAACUUCUUGUAAUACUUUAUCGUCAACAGUACGUUUAGCUUCCAAAUCGGCGACCACUUGCUGGUUAUGUUUAUUAUCUUGUAACAAGUAUUUUAAACAAACAAUGGCAUGUUCCUUGAUGAAUGGAUUGUUGUUGUCAAUAACACAGUUGGACAAGAUCAACGCUAAUCCACCCAAUUCUCUAACUUGUUCUUGGACUUCAAACAGUUCAUGGGUUAAGUACGACAAUAUUAUAAUUAUUGACGAUUUCACGGAAUUGUAGGUGACACCUUCAAUCUUGGAGUUUUUGAUUGUUACUGGUUUAAUUGCAUUAUGAAUUGAGCCAAACACGGAUAUGAGUUGUUCGAGGAAUGUCGGGUAUUGCGCGAGUAACUUCUUGAAGAUUUCGAACUUACCCAAUUCUGAAAGAAUAUGUAAAUUGACGGUAAUCACUUCUUCAAGUUCGAAAUCUUGCAAUAUGGUAUCUGGAGUUAAGGUCUUGGAGUAAGUCAAGAAUACUUCGAUGUUCCAUGAAAUCAAUGCUGUCAACUCAUAGAUGUUCCAUUGAUCUCUUGUUUGAACCACGGUACUCGUCAAUUCUAACCAGCUGGUCAAAUCAGUGUGUCCAGCAUGAGCUAUCCAGGUGACGAAACUUUCAUGGGUUAUCACAUCAUAAAGCAAGUGGAUGAACAUCUUUGAAUCGUGAUCCAACUCAGUAAAGUCUAUAGUUAAGUACAAUGAGUAUACGCAUCGAAGGAUGUAGUUUUCGUCAAGUUUCAACACUUCUUGAAGUUUAAAGUUUGUGAGUUCGUUGUCCUCGGUGAACAACUGCCUGAAUAAAUAAUGGACAAUGGGCGACUUAAACACAUUUUUGAAUUGUACUUGUUCAAACAAUUGGUUCACUUCUGCAACGAGUUCAUUUCGGGGGAAAUUUGCAAGAAUUUGCCAAUACACCAAUUCUGUCUUGACAUUCCAAUCCUCCACUGGUUCCACUUUGGAAAAUCUGACAAAACUUGUAAUAACACUUGUGUAAAUGUCAUUGUUAGUCAACCUGGGUGCUAUAUUUCGAAUAAUCAAGAGUAGUCCACGAUAUAACCGGAUCGCAUCAACUGAUUUGUCAGGACAGUAUUCAAGAACUUGUUUAAUUUGAUCAACCGGGAGGAGACUUAGAUCUGAAUUAAGGAGAUCACUUAUUGCACUUAAUCUACUGGAAAGAUUUAUGAAGUUGUUGGAUUUCAAAUCUAUAAGCGAGUCUUUUAUUAUUGAGUUCAUGGUAGGCUAGCAAGAGCAGUAGAUCUCGAUUU